AUGAGUUCAAAUGAUAAAUAUGAUAGAUAGGUCAGGAUUUGGGGACCACAUGGGCAGACCAAACUCUAAAAUGCAAGAGUGUUGUUGUUGGGAUGUGAUCCUGUGGGAGUUGAAACUCUAAAAAAUCUAGUGUUGCCUGGUAUUGGUUAUGUUGUGAUUGUUGAUAGUAAGGUGGUCACAGAGAGUGAUAUUGAGAACAAUUUUUUCAUUCCUCAUGAUACAAUAGGGUAGAGCAGAGCAAAAGUUGUGCUUGAAUAUUUAUUGGAAAUGAACCAAGACGUGAAAGGAGAGUGGCAUCAAGUGGAGAAUUUUGAUGUGAAAGAGCAACACUAUGAUUUAAUAAUUGCAAAUGAAUAACGAUUCUCAGAGACCAAAUUCAACUUGAUUGAACUCCAAACUUAUGGAUUAGUUGGUAGGAUGAGAUUGUACUCUCCAAAAUGCCACAUUAUUGAAACCAAACCUAUGAAUCAAAAAUACGAUUUGCGCAUUUUCAAUCCAUUUUAAGAAUUAAAAGAAUACUUUGAUUCAAUAGAAUUUGAAGGGGAUGUAGACUAUCUUUCACACAUCCCUUACAUUGUCAUUUUGUAUAAGGCUCUAUAAAAAUAUCAUAAAGAAAAGGGAAAGUAUCCAUCUACCUUUUCAGAAAAACACAAAGAUUUUAAAUAAGUUAUUUUAAGUCUUUGUGAAGGUCUAGAGUACUAAUACACAGGGAAUUUCUAUGAGGCAAUCGAUAACAUCGAUUAAGCAUUUAACAGUGAAAAUUGGAAAAAUUCUCUUGAAUCAAUAGAGAUAGAACAGGAUGUUAACGAAGAUCAGUAUUUCGUAUUGAUCUCGGCACUUAGAUAAUUUGUGCAAAUACAUGGAGCCCCUCCUUUGGGUAAAGCUUUCCCUGAUAUGAAAUGCUUUACAUAGACAUAUGUGCAUUUAAAAAAUACUCUUUAUGGUACAAAAGUCGAGAAAGACUUUUAAGCUUUCUAAGCUCUAUGCUAGAAUAAAGUAGAUGAUGAAACCAUAAGACUAUUUAUAGAGAAUAUAUAGGACUUAAAAUCUAUCACUUACCGCACAAUCUAACAAGAAUUGCAAUAGCCAAACGAAGUUGAAGACUAUGACAAUGAUUGCUAUAUCUGGUACAUCUUACUGAGAUCAGUUAAUGAAUUCUACAAUACUAACAAUAGAUGGCCCACUUAAGAGAAGGGGGAUACCUAGUAAUUAUAGGAGAUAGUUGAUAAACAAUGUAGACUAGUCAAUGUGGAUAGUAUACCUGAAACUCAUGUUAUUGAAAUAUGUAGGUAUGAGGGAGCAAAGUUGCACAUGAUCGCCUCAGUUUUGGGUGGAAUGGCAUCUCAAGAAGCAGUCAAAUUAAUUACCAAUCAGUUUGUUCCCAUCAAUAACACAUUAAUUUAUAAUGGGCUUAAAAGUGAGGCAUCCAUAUUUGAGUUCUGAUUCUGCAUAACACAUUAUAUGUGAUCAUUAAUAAUAACAAUAUGCAUUAAAGAGAUCUUU